AUGGAUCCCCGCAGCGACGGUUCAAAAGAUAAUCACCGAGAUACCCCUCCUUCGUCAGGACAAACAUUCUCCAAAGAUGCGCGCGACCUCCUCAUGGAGUGCUGUGUGGAGUUCAUCACCUUGAUUUCCUCCGAAGCCAACGAUAUCAGUGAGAAAGAAGCUAAGAAGACCAUUGCCUGCGAGCACGUUGAGAAGGCACUACGCGACCUUGGCUUCGCAGAUUAUAUCCCCGACGUUCUGGCCGUUGCCGAAGACCACAGAGAGCAGCUGAAGUCGCGGGAGAAGAAGCAGAGCAAGAUGGAGCAAAGUGGGCUCUCGGAAGAGGAGCUUCUUCGGCAACAGCAGGAGCUCUUCAGGUCUGCUACUGAGAAGUACAACCAGGGCCCUGAAUAG